GGUUUUAGGUAGAAGGAGUGACGGGGGGGACCUGACGUUCCGUCUCGUGAGUCGCCGGCGGUCUCUUAAGCCGGAGAUCAUCCUUUGCUUGAUGCGGUUAGACAUCCCUCAAGCCGCUUAGAAUUUAUCAUCACUUAGUGCUCCCCGGGCAGGGAUCACAUUAACCUGAGCGGCGGCGGCGGGGAGUCAGCGCCGGAGCCAAUUAAAUGGCGGUCUUUGGCCGUGUCAGACACUUUCCAUGGAGCAGACACUCAGCAUCGCCAUGCCAUACUUCACCGCCAACGGCCCACGGGGCCCCCAGUGAACUUGGCAGGAAGGGCAACCUAGGGGCCCACAAUCUAUACGACCAUGCGCAGGAUCCUCAGAGGGCGGUGGGAGCGGUGUCGAGGUUCCGCCGUAGGUUGGCAGUUACCGACUCGGAAGUGGCCUUACCGGUUCUCAACCUCGGCCAAAGUAUGCAGGGCGUGGGACCGGCCUGUAUUUUCCUACGAAAGGGCAUUGCCGAAAAGCAAGGGUACCGGGAGCUGGGGACCGAUGAGAUUGAAGAGCUCCGUGAUGCCUUCGUGGAGUUUGACAAGGACAAGGAUGGGUUUAUAACCUGCAAGGAUUUGGGGAACCUAAUGCGGAUCAUGGGAUACAUGCCCACGGAGAUGGAACUCAUCGAGUUGUCUCAGCAGAUCAACAUGAACCUUGGGGGUCGAGUGGACUUCCAGGAUUUUGUUGACCUGAUGACCCCGAAGCUGUUGGAAGAGACGGCCGGAAUGAUCGGAGUGAAGGAACUGAGGGAUGCUUUUAAGGAGUUCGAUGCCAACGGAGAUGGGGAGAUAACGUUGGAUGAGCUUCAGCAAGCCAUGCAAAGGCUUCUCGGAGAAAAGUUAACGAACAGCGAGAUUGCCGAUGUGGUGAGGGAGGCAGAUUUAAAUGGUGACGGGACAGUGGAUUUUGAAGAGUUUGUCCGGAUGAUGUCCCGCUGACCUCUCCAAGUCCUCCUUGGUGAAACGAGAGGAGGUCCUGUCUGCUUUCCACCCACGAGACCACCCUAUCGUCUCCUUUCAGACCACAUCAAGCCCUCUGAAGGACCAGCACUAACUAGAACCCUGAGGUGUUACAUAUAUAAUCCCAACAUCAGCCGGGCUCUCCUCCCUCAUAUAGAAU